GCCCCUCCAUGCACGUUAUAUAGUGCAACCUGGACACCAACAGGCCAAUAUCUGGCUAACCAUUCAAACCAUAAGGCUGUCUUUACAUCACUAUGAAAGGUGAGUACGCACUGGGUGAAGCAAAUAUGCUUACUUUUCCAUGCAUGUGUACUGGUGAAAGCAUCAUGCACAAUUACAGUGGCAUAUUUCCUGCUUCAUUUUAGGUUGGCAUGAGUUUGCGUUCUUCUAAAAAUAACUGUUUGUUGAAUGGUUAAGUUUGAUGAAUAUUCAGUGAGUAUUGUUGAAUCCUAGAUGUUGGCUCUGCGCCAUGCUUGGUUUGUCUUUAUGAAGAUAUCCCAUCUGGUCUGAUGAUGCUUCCUUAUUGAGGCAUUUGGUGACCCAUUAUUUGGCACUUUUUUGAUGUAUAAUAAUGAAAACUGUCGCUGAUGUUGGAAAUAGUCUAGAUGUUGAUCUAUUGAGAGGAGCUAAUGUCCAGGGAUCUUAUCCAGUCUUUAUGAUAUGCAAGUCAUGGAUAUACUCUAAGAAUGUAAGGUUCACAAGUCUUAUGUUGUUGACCACUUUUGGUGAUGAGGUCCAUAACCACUCUGUUGACAGGUUGCUUAACAAAUGUGUGCAGAUUCAGUUGGAUCGAUACAAAUGCAUUGAACAUCUAAACCAAUUUAAAUGCAAUGUGUUACUGUAUCAUUAGAAACAAUACCCACUGCCCUGGUUAACCUUGGCUAAUGAAUAACGUAGGAUUCAUGCAUGACUUACCUUGCCCUUUUGUCUUUAGAGUUAAAUGUAUAUUGGGUUGGGUUAUGUUCCAUUUGUCAAUGUACCCUACAUAAGGAGCUGUUAUGUCACCUUAUAUAAGGAUAUGUUAUGACACCCUCCAUAAGGAGCCGUUAUGUCACCCUCCAUAAGGAGCUGUUAUGUCACCCUACAUAAGGAGCUGUUAUAGCACCCUACAUAAGGAGCUGUUAUGUCACCCUACAUAAGGAGCUGUUAUGUCACCCUACAUAAGGAGCUGUUAUGUUACCCUUUAUACACCCUUUAUAUAGUAUGACAUCAGUUUUUAGAUGAUUUGUUAUGGAUCCAUGCCAUGCUUUUGAAGACUUUGUGUGCUAUAUAAAGCAUUUAUAAGUUGUAGUUAGUUUGAAGUGGGACCAUCCCCUCAAACCAUUAUGCAAUUACAAAAUCAUUACUAAACUACUAAACUACUAAACUACUGUAGUAUGUAAGUCCAUGUUGUUGCAAUAUUGUUGCUAGAGUUACUGAAUAAAUUCUAAACAUGAAUACAGUGAGAUCAUUCAUAUGUAAUGUGUUACCAUUAUAGAUGCAGCCAGAGCCACAGGAGAAGUCAUUCCUACUGUAUGUUGGCCAUACUUAGCUACUGGAUAAUGGGACCGGUCUAGAAUAUUAUAGUUUUUUUUCUGUCAGAUGGCCAAAGUGAGGGGCAUACAAAUAGAUUGAAUACAGUAAUAGUUUUUAAUAUAAUGUUCUGGUUCUUAAAACAUUCCGCUUUUUUGCUUUGUUAAACGUGGCCCUACUGUAGCAACCAAUCAGAUCUGAACCUGUGGUGGAAAUCAAUUUCAUUGUUUACAUUUUCACUGGUGGUUUUCACUCAGUUGUGUCCUUAACUGAUCCAGGACCUUGUACCUUGUACAUUCUGACCACAAUCAGUAUGAUGGGUUUUCACCCAAAUCCAAGUGUUGACUUGACUUAUCUCAAACAAACAAAGAGACUCAGAUAUUGGAGAAUGUAAACAUUUACGUACAGUAUCACACACAGUCUUACCUAAACAUAAUUUCAGACAGAUGUGUUGAAUAAUUUGAUCAGAGAUGUUAAUUUAUCAAACGUUUUUAUAAUUUCGUAACAGGUUUGGUAAUGGGUUGCAUAAUUGAAAUCCAAUACACCUGCCAGGCAAUCUGAAACUGCUACAUUCUUGUAGUAUGUUGGAAUAUUUCAGGUAACUGUGAUCAUGCUUUGCAUUUUCCACUGUACUGACAUUGACAGUUAACAUGUGCAUUAACCUGAUGUUUGGAGAUUUUACAGUCUGUCAUCUGUCAGCGUGUCUAGAACUGAUUGACUGAGUAUUAUUAUGUUAUGAGCUCUUAAUGAAGAAGCACAGAGACAAUGCAUUAAGAACACUGAGUGUACAAAACAUUAGGAACACCUGCUCUUUCCAUGUCAUUGACUGACCAGGUGCAUCCAGGUGAAAGCUAUGUUCCCUUAUUGAUGUCACUUGUUAAAUCCACUUCAAUCAGUGUAGAUGAAGGGGAGGAGACAGGUUAAAGAAGGAUUUUUAAGCUUUGAGAAUAUUGAGACAUGGAUUGUGUAUGUGCGCCAUUCAGAGGGUGAAUGGGCAAGACAAAAGAUGUAAGUGCCUUUGAACAGGGUAUGGUUGUAGGUGCCAGGCACACUGGUUUGAGUGUGUCAAGAACUGCAAAGCUGCUGGGUUAUUUACGCUCAACAGUUUCCCGUGUGUGUCAAGAAUGGUCCACCACCCAAAGAACAUCCAGCUAACUUGACACAACUGUGGGAAGCAUUGGAGUCAACAUGGGCCAGCAUCCCUGUGGAACGCUUUCGACACCUUGUAGAGUCCAUGCCCGAUGAAUUGAGGCUUUUCUGAGGGCAAAAGAGGGUGCAACUCAAUAUUAGGAAGGUGUUCCUAAUGUUUUGUACACUCAGUGUAUAUCAAUUGGUUGUUCGAACCACCUAAAACCAAUUUAGGGUUAAAUGAUGUUAAUAAGAGCUAGAGCAGGCUCUCACCCCUGGUGGGUGUGGUGACAUGCUGAAACGCCCUCAGACAAGUUUAUGAACAUUUAGUUCCAAAAUUCAGAUACUUUUCUGUUUUGUGUGUCAACACUAAGGGUAUCGUUCGGAGCUUUGUGGCACACCUAUGCCUACUAGGCAAAAACUGUCAGGAAAAUAGGGCUGUUAUGAAUAAUGGUGAUUCUGUUGGAACUUGCAGUCGAAUUCCUCUGACUAUCAUCGUUAUGAUGCCAAGAAUCAUAAUCACCUAUAUUCACAACAGCCAAUGAUUAUCUGACAAUUUCAUUAAACAAAUCAUAUGGAGAAGAUUUCCCGAGGUGGCGGCGUAGGAGAAGAAGAUCUGAGGGCCACCAUCAAUCCACACCUGCAAUAGGAACACCACAUGAUUAAACAGAAAUGAACAAACACGCACCCAAACCCACACACAGAUUUUCACACAAGAGUAGGAACACAACAUGAACAGAAAUAUACGCGCACAGUCAAAUAAUAACCCCUGGGUUUUAUGGGGAAAACACUGCAGCUGAGCAGUCACUACUUCACAGCUCUAUUCUCUUUUCUGAAGCACAUACAGAUUGGAACCCAGGCUAGGUCUGUGAGAGGUUUUGCUGAGAAAGUGACUUCCCGUUAUCCUCUGGUAACCUCUAGUCUGAGCCUCCUAACCGUAAUAAUAAAAUUGAAAAAAUGAACAUAUUUGCCUUUUUCAUCCUAUUUAUCGAAUAUCGGUGGAAUUAUCGGCCUAUAUCGGUAAAAGGACCAAUAUCGGCCAAUUUAAUAUCGGUGAAACAAUAUAUCGGUCUGGCUUUAGUUAAGGGUUUUGCUUGUUUGUGACGUAUAACACUUUAAUGAAGCAUGAAAAAAAAUCCUUCAUCUAUCUAUCUAUGAUUAAAAUAACUAACUGUAGCCUAAAAACACACCAUGAUGAAACCCUAACAUCAUGGUUAGCUAUAUUGUGUUGUGUUUUGAAAAUCAAAGUGAUGACUAAUGGGUAGAAAGCAGCUUUGAGACUUUCCAUCAGUAGACAGACAGAAAUAGUGAUAUCCAGUAGUCAGACAGAAAGAGUGGAAAGAGUGAUAUCUAGUAGUCAGACAGACGUAGAGAUAUCCAAUAGGCUGACAGAAAGAGUAGAAAGAGUGAUAUCCAUUAGGCUGACAGAAAAAGUUAUAUCCAGUAGGCUGACAGAAAGAGUGAUAUUCGUUAGGCUGAUAGAAAGAGUGAUAUCCCUUAGGCUGACAGAAAGAGUGAUAUCCAGUAGGCUGACAGAGAGUGAUAUCCAUUAGGCUGACAGAAAGAGUGAUAUCCGUUAGGCUGAUAGAAAGAGUGUUAUCCAUUAGGAUGACAUAAAGAGUGAUAUCCAGUAGUCCGACAGAAAGAGUGAUAUCCAUUAGGCUGACAGAAAGAGUGAUAUCCGUUAGGCUGACAGAAAGAGUGAUAUCCGUUAGGCUGAUAGAAAGAGUGAUAUCCAUUAGGAUGACAUAAAGAGUGAUAUCCAUUAGGCUGACAGAAAGAGUGAUAUCCAGUAGUCAGACAGAAAGAGUGAUAUCCAGUAGUCAGACAGAAAGAGUGAUAUCCAGUAGUCAGACAGAAAGAGUGAUAUCCAGUUGGCUGACAGAACGAGUGAUAUCCAUUAGGCUGACAGAAAGAGUGAUAUCCGUGAGGCUGACAGAAAGAGUGAUAUCCAGUAGGCUGACAGAAAGAGUGAUAUCCAGUAGGCAGACAGAAAGAGUGAUAUCCAGUAGUUAGACAGAGUAGAAAUAGUGAUAUCCCCUGACUAUCCAUACAUUUUAAAAACAAGAAAUUCUGCCGUCUGGUUUGCUUAAUAUAAGGAAUUUGAAAUUAUUUAUAAUUGUACUUUUACUUUUGAUACUUAAGUACUGUAUACUUUAGCAAUUAAACUGACUUUUGACACUUACAGUGGCUUGCGAAAGUAUUCACCCAUUUACAUUUACAUUUUAGUCAUUUAGCAGACGCUCUUAUCCAGAGCGACUUACAGUUAGUGAGUGCAUACAUUUCUUUUGGGGGGAGGGGCAUUUUUCCUAUUUUGUUGACUUAAAACCUGUAAUUAAAAUUGAUUUUUUGGGGGGGGUUUGUAUCAUUUAAUUUACACAACAUGCCUACCACUUUGAAGAUGCAAAAUAUUUCUUAUUAAGAAAAAACAAGAAAUAAGACCCCCCCCCCCCCCAAAGUCAAUACUUUGUAGAGCCACGUUUUGCAGCAAUUACAGCUGCAAAUCUCUUGGGGUAUGUCUCUAUAAGCUUGGCACAUCUAGCCACUGGGAUUUUUGCCCAUUCUUCAAGGCAAAACUGCUCUAGCUCCUUCAAGUUGGAUGGGUUCCGCUGGUGUACAGCAAUCUUUAAGUUAUACCACAGAUUCUCAAUUGGAUUGAGGUCUGGGCUUUAACUAGGCCAUUCCAAGACAUUUAAAUGUUUCCCCUUAAACCACUCGAAUGUUGCUUUAGCAGUAUGCUUAGGGUCAUUGUCCUGGUGGAAGGUGAACCUCCGUCCCAGUCUAAAAUCUCUGGAAGACUGAAACAGGUUUCCCUCAAGAAUUUCCCUGUAUUUAGCGCCAUUCAUCAUUCCUUCAAUUCUGACCAGUUUCCCAGUCCCUGCCAAUGAAAAACAUCCCCAGAGCAUGAUGCUGCCACCACCAUGCUUCACUGUGGGGAUGGUGUUCUCGGGGUGAUGAGAGGUGUUGGGUUUGCGCCAGACAUAGCGUUUUCCUUGAUGGCCAAAAAGCUCAAUAUUAGUCUCAUCUGACCAGAGUACCUUCUUCCAUAUGUUUGGGGAGUCUCCCACAUGCCUUUUGGCGAACACCAAACGUGUUUGCUUAUUUAUUUUUUUAAGCAAUGGCUUUUUUUCUGGCCAAUCUUCCAUAAAGCCCAGCUCUGUGGAGUGUAUGGCUUAAAGUGGUCCUAUUUUUUCAUUUCACUUCACCAAUUUGGACUAUUUUGAAUGAAAUCCAAAUAAAAAUCAAUUUAAAUUACAGGUUGUAAUGAAACAAAAUAGGAAAAACGCCAAGGGGGAUGAAUACUUUUGCAAGGCCCUGUAAGUAUGUUUAAAACCAAAUACUUUUGAACUUUUACUCAAGUAGUAUUUUACUGAGUGACUUUCACUUUUAAUUGAGUCAUUUUCUAUUAAGGUAUCUUUACUUUUACUCAAGUAUGACAAUUGGGUACUUUUUCCACCACUGGUAGUCAGACAUAGUGAUAUCCAGUACUCAGACAGAAAGAGUGAUAUCCAGUAGUUAGACAGAAAGAGUGAUAUCCAGUAGUUAGACAGAAAGAGUGAUAUCCAGUAGUCAGACAGAAAGAGUGAUAUCCAGUAGGCUGACAGAAAGAGUGAUAUCCAGUAGGCUGACAGAAAGAGUGAUAUCCAGUAGUUAGACAGAAAGAGUGAUAUCCAGUAGUUAGACAGAAAUAGUGAUAUCCAGUAGGCUGACAGAAAGAGUGAUAUCCAGUAGUUAGACAGAAAGAGUGAUAUCCAGUAGUUAGACAGAAAGAGUGAUAUCCAGUAGGCUGAUAGAAAGAGUAGAAAGAGUGCUGUCCAGAAGGGUGCCAGAAAGAGUGAUAUCCAGUAGGCUACCCACUGUAGUCAGUCAGUGAGUCUGUUGAAGUGCAGGCCUUUAUGAGAGAGGUGAAUGCUGGCCCAGUGGCUUGGCUUGAGGCUUUAUGAGAGAGGUGAAUGCUGGCCCAGUGGCUUGGCUUGAGGCUUUAUGAGAGAGGUGAAUGCUGGCCCAGUGGCUUGGCUUGAGGCUUUAUGAGAGAAGUGAAUGCUGGCCCAGUGGCUUGGCUUGAGGCUUUAUGAGAGAGGUGAAUGCUUGGCUUGAGGCUUGGCGUGCUCAGUUCUCCUCAGUCUUGGCCUUCAUUUCUGACAGCCCCCUAGCUUUUCUAUAAACAUCUAUCUGCAAAGCGCCUGUCCUGUUACUAAAAAUGAGGCAAAUAUUUAUUCUCACCUAGUAAAAAAAGAAGUGGGGCCUGCGCCCCUGGACUGGAGUCUGGAGAGGUCUCAGUGAGGAGGAAUUUGGCUUGUGGGUCACGCUGCCCCCGUGGCCGACACUGAGCCUGUGAAAAACCAAGGUGAAGUGUGAUCAGGCUCCCUGGCAGCCUGGAGAUCUCCUCUCUAUGCCGUCCCAGCAGCACAAAGAAGCCCCUUGCCAAUAAGGGGCUCCAGUUCUUUAUGAUACCAAGCCUUCAUUCCCACCAAAUACCUUCUGAAAACAAGGGGCUCUAUUUUUACCGCUGGCCACAAUUUGGCCCAGGCUCAAAAGAUGUUGUCUCCACUCUCCCUUCCAUCCCAUCCACCCUGUCCUGCUCUGCCAGCGAUAGGCUGAGCUAAGAGCACAUUCUCAAAGCUUAUGGCACAGCGAGGGUGCCAUCUCUCCUAUUGUUGCAGACCUAAAUUCAACUCUCUCUGCCGAGAAAACAGCCAUCUUAUUAGACCCAGGAGAGCCAGGUCGGAAUGGCCCUGGUUUUGGGGUAAGGGGGGGAGGAUUCUUAGAACAGUCCUCUCCCGCAGGCCGAACAUUCAUUUGUUUUGUUUGAUCUGUGACGUGAUGGCUACUGGACAAGCCAAGUUGAGAGAGGGAGAGAGGGAGGUCAGAGAGAGAGAGAUAGAGGGUGUGAGCGAGAGAGGGAAAGAGCGAGGGGGGAAGAGAGAGAGAGAGUGAGGGAGGGAGCGAGCGGGAAGAAGAGAGAGGGGGAGAGAGGAGUGAAAGAGAAAGAAACAGAGAGAAUGAAGAAGUGAGGGAGAGGGAGGGGCAGGCCUUGUUAAUGAGAUAUGACAGCAGUGAGCACGGUCAGUGAGCUGUCUGUUUCCUCUUUCAGCAUCACUGGCCCUAAACACCGUUGGGCCAUGAGUUGGGAAGCUCAAACAAGCCGUCACGUAAGACCCAAUUUUUACUGACUGGACCCCUUCUAGACAGGGAGGGACAGAGUGUACAAAACAUUAAGAACACCUUCCUAAUAUUGAGUUGCACAGGGAUGCUGGCCCAUGUUGACUCCAAUGCUUCCCUCCCACAGUUGUGUCAAGUUAGCUGGAUAUUCUUUGGGUGUUGGACCAUUCUUGAUACACACAGGAAACUGUUGAGCGUGAAAGACCCAACAGCGUUGCAGUUCUUGACACGCUCAAACCAGUGCACCUGGCACCUACUACCAUACCUCGUUCAAAGGCACUUAAAUAUUUUGUCUUGCCCAUUCACCCUCUGAAUGGCACACAUACACAAUCCAUGUCUCAAUUGUCUCAAGGCUUAAAAAUCCUUCUUUAACCUGUCUCCUCCCCCUCAUCUACACUGAUUGAAGUGGAUUUAACAGGUGACAUCAAUAAGGGAUCAUAGCUUUCACCUGGAUGCACCUGGUCAGUCAAUGUCAUGGAAAGAGCAGUUGGUCUUAAUGUUUUGUACACUCAGUGUAUAUGACGUGUCAGUGUUUGACACUUUCUUGCGUGAGAACUACAGAAAUGUCUUGAAAUUCUUCCUUCUCUCACACCUCUUGCUUCUUGACCUUUGUUCCAAACACUCAAAGGGGAUGUAUGCACAACUGAAGGGCCCCCUAUAACCUCCAUGUCCUUGAGGCUUGUACUCCUCCCAUUGUUAAUUUCAAGGAGCCUUAGGGACUGUAAAGUUGUGUUUGCUUUAUGAUGGGCCCGUUGAUCUGGGAGUGGUGUGAUAAAGGCACACAGAUACUACAGGAGAAGAAACCCCUUCCCUGCUCAAUAUCACUACACAGUGAAUGCAAGACUUUAGGCUGUGGGGUUAGCCUAUAUAAUUAUGGAAGGUAGCGUUCCUCUCCCUCACAGUGUCUCACCUCUCCUCCACUCACUCCAAUGUGGUGCUUCUUCAGGCGACAUGGAGAGCCUGCCCAAGAUGGACCCCUCCAACGACCACAGUCGGCCCCUGGACAUUGUGCCACAGAGCGAUGAGAAGAUGAAGGAGAGGGGUCAAUGGGGCAACAAGGUGGAGUUUGUCCUAUCUGUCGCCGGGGAGAUCAUAGGACUGGGCAAUGUGUGGCGCUUCCCUUACCUGUGCUACAAGAACGGAGGAGGUGGGUGUUAACCUUUUACUGCAGUGGGCUAAAUCAGGGUCACACAGAGGGUUUAUUGGUAGUCUUAAACAAAUCUACUUUGAAACAAAAGUAUACACCUCACACACAUGGUUAUGGGCUUAAAAAAAAGAAGACACCUGUACCAUGUCAGAUAUAGAGUUGAAAUGUAUUCCAUUUUGAGUUUGCAUUCCAAUAUUACACUUUAUAUACAUCACAGAAGACUGAAAUAUAACAAAACCGUUUGACAUAGAAACACCGGAUUUUCAGACAUUAAAACAAAUAUAUAUGUUUAUUAAUAAUGUAAUUAUGAAAAAUAUUAAUAACAUUCCACCCAUGAGGCCACUAGGUCAUUUGACUGCAGGAAAGGACUACCAUCAUAGUGCUCAGUGACAACAUGUCACAUCAUUUUGUUCAUAUUAUCGGUUCAUAAUUGUCCUUCAGUACUAUUGAUCAGGACAACUGUGACUGAUGUCAUAUCCAUAUCAUUGAAGAAAUAUCAGUUUAGCUACUAUUUUGCUGUUAACUGACCCAAAGCCUGUUGUUAUGAACUUAAAUGGCACUGGAGCCUUUGAGGACAUUGUGUUUUAAUGCUAUAAACAGUUAUGAAGGGCAUGGAAUCUGGGAUGAGCAGUGGGUAAAACCUCAAAAGUGCUAAUUUGGAGGUAUGUAAAUGGUUGUUGAGCAAUAAAUCCCCCUAAUAAAUUGUGGAUAACAAUUGCUAUUUUCAGACUGAUAUCUGUUUCUGCUUCUGUGCUGCCAAGCCCAGACUCAUAAAACAUAUCAAACAUGCAGUCCAGUAGUAGCAAACAACACAACUGUUUGCUUUGAGAGAAGUCAAAACAUCAACACUCAUUUCCUGGAAUUUAUUAUAUCCCACAAUAUUAUGGAGGUACCAAUUAAAACAAGUUUUUCAUAACGACAGGCUGGAUGUUUUUUAAAUUGCUCAUUUUAAACUUCAUUGUUUUUAUAUCUGUAGAACUUUAGGGUGAAGAUAAUGUCAGAGUGUAGAGUGUGGAUGUAGUGCAGGAAUCAAGCGCAGGGACAAGGAGGUUCUUCAACGGACUUUAGUAUAUAUAUAUAUCCCAACACGGGAAAAUGAGUCGCCAACCCAACCGGGCGGCACGAACAAUUACGCACAACACACAGUGCGGAAAAACAAGAAAAGGCGCACGCAGUGCGAACUCUCGAAAUACUAAAUAAACGAGAGAGAGAACUACUCGGAGGCAAACUGACAAUAACAAUCACGCAUAACACCUGCCCCAAACAAACCAACUAAAUAAGGAGAAUAAUCAAGACACAAAUAAGGGACAGGUGUUAUGCACAGACAAAACCAAAAGAACAAAAAACAUCGAACGGUGGCAGCUAGUACUCCGGAGACGACGACCGCCGAAGUCCGCCCGAACAAGGAAGAGGAGCAGCCUCGGCCGAAACCGUGACAGAUAAUGUAUCAUUUUAUCAGAAAACAAUUGUUGAUGCAUAGGCAUUAUGUCUAGCCCCCAUUUCUCAUAUCUUGGUAAAAUGUCAUCGUUAGCUAGCUUGGCUAGCAUUGUAACAGCAAACUCGCCAUUGUCCAAAUUAUUGACAUUAUUAUUCAAAUUACUGUAAUUUGAUCAACAUUUUCAAAUAAUUUGGAAAAUAAAUAAACAUAAUUCUCACAUUUCACAAAGUUACUCCUCAUUCUUCUGGAGAAUGUUCUCCAAAUCGGGGUCUUCCGUCCGCCAUUAAUUGUAAUGGAAGUUGCGCCGUAAGGUCUGUGGAUAUCCUAACCGGCAAAGGAUACGUUGGAUGCUGACUUUAAAAUUGGCCAAAUCAAUGUAGCAUUUUAGAGUACCUUUGAGACACUGCAAUUUAAACGUCCGACCUUGAAAUGCUGCCUCAAAAGGCAUCAUCCUUGUUGAUUGCAUAUGUCAUCUGACCUCAUAUCAAAAUUGAGUUCUAGUGCUUGAGUCGACACCUUGAUAACUUCUCUACUCUCCCCCUCUCCUCCCAACAGGUGCUUUCUUCAUCCCCUACCUGAUCUUCCUCUUCACGUGUGGGAUCCCAGUAUUCUUCCUGGAGACAGCUCUAGGACAGUACACCAGCGAGGGAGGCAUCACCUGUUGGAGGAAGAUCACUCCACUGUUUGAAGGUGAUCCUCCUCUAAUAUCUACUGUCUAUGACGCAAUGCCUUUCUUCAUGGAUUUACUAAUUUGGAUGUUCCUGUGAAACUACAUCUGGCUUUUCAGUUAUAGUACAGUUACAAAACAUUUUGUCAGAACUACAUUUUGUUUAAUGUGCACUGCAUAUUAAUGCCUUUCAAGGACAGGGUUAAAGGGAAAAUCCACCCAAAAGCUAUCUUUUGGUUUUUGCAUCAUCAUGUUGCUUCUUGAAAGUGCAAAACAUUUUGGGACUGUAUUAAAAAAAUGGACUAAAUGGACUAAUUUAAAAAUGGACUAAUUAAAAAAAUACCAAAAAAUAGUUUUUUAGUGGAUUUUACCUCUAUCUACUCCCAUGUCUACUACUUGUCUGCAUAACUGAAUUGAAUAAAAUAUAAAUGUGUAGAACUUUUUGCCUUAGUGUGUGAGUGCAUGUGUGUGUUAGUGCGUGCUUGUCCGCCAGUAUGUAGUAGGAGGGGGUUGAUGUAAUGGUUGGCAUGCCACUGACACUGGCAGAUUUCCAAGUAUCCAAUGCUUUCAUCAUUCAAUUGGCUCCUAAUAAGGACAAUAUAACUGUAGACAUUCACACAGGAGCCAGAGAGGCUACCGGAUGGGAAAUGGUAGAGUCGGCAAUGUGAAUGAAGUCAUGGUUUUCAUGCGUGUUGUUGUAUUCAACAUUGAAAGGCAUUGUCAUAGCUAGCCACAAUGCUCCACUUGUCCUUGGUCCUCGCUGCAGGAGUGGGCUACGCCACACAAGUCAUCGUGGCUCUGUUGAACUUCUAUUACAUCAUCGUACUGGCCUGGGCCAUUUUCUACCUGUCCUACUCCUUCACCUGGGACCUGCCCUGGGCCUCCUGCAACAACACAUGGAACACAGGUCAGAGAUCCACCAUAUGCUCAGUGGACGUUUUCCUUAUUCAAUCUUGUCGAAGCUCUGCCUCAAGGGAAGAAGGAAUAUGAUUGGUUGGAUGAAAGCUCACCGGCAAGGUUGCUGGUUUGAAUGUUACUCAACCCCUAACCCUAACCAAUUGGGAUUACUUAAACUGAACCAAUCAUAUUUAUUGCCUAAACAUUCAAAUUGUUUCUGCCCUCGAGGCAGAGCUGCCCUCAAAACACGAUUGUAUAAGGAAAACUCCAAUAUGCCACCAUAUAGAGAGAGAGGUUGAGCUGAAACAUCCAGUACUACGCUCAAUCAAUCAAAUGUAUUUAUAAAGACCUUUUAACAUUAGCAGUUGUCAAAAAGUGCUUAAACAGAAACCCAGCCUAAAAUCCCAAAGAGCACCUUGGUGGUGUCCCAUGUAGCCUUACCUAACGUUAGAAUAUGGUUGGGUUCCCUAGAGAAACCAUAUAGCCAGUGUCCUCACUGAACUUGUGUGUGAACUUGUUGUGCAUCUCUGUUCUCAAGAUUCCUGCAUGGAGUUCCAGAGGAGGAAUGACUCUUUCAAUCAGCCACGUCCGAACGCCACGUCUCCUGUCAUUGAGUUCUGGGAGUAAGUACUAAGAGUCUAUUGUUUCUCCAUCUCCUUAAGGAGCCUGGGUAGCAUACUGUUUAUUCCUCAGCCAACUGGCCGUUGUCUUGCCAACUGGUGUUGCGCUGCUGAAUACAAAAACAGGAUGGCUUGAAGCUAGUCUUCUUUAUGGGUGAUUUUAAGAGCUGUUGUGUCCUUACAGAUACCUCCAUAAUGUACAUGUUUGCUCUGUAAUUUCAGAGCUUACUAAUCAUGUUUGAUUAUCUGUAAAUAGCAAUCACAUAUGUAUCCACUUAUAGUCAUCUCAUGUUAUCUGUUCCCUUGUGUGUUUGUGAUUGUGUAGGCGGAGGGUUCUGCGUAUCUCAUCUGGCAUAGACCAUAUAGGAUCUCUCAACUGGGACCUGGUGCUGUGUCUGGCCAUAGCCUGGGUACUGGUUUACUUCUGUAUCUGGAAGGGAGUCAAGUCCACUGGCAAGGUAAAGGAAUCUACUCUAGAUGAUGUCUCUGUGAGCCUCCCUAAUACCGUUUCUGACCAGGAAGAGCCUCAGGGACCUAUCUAUAUUGAUUGAUUGAGUGAUUUUAUUUGACAGUUUAAGAAAUACAAAUACACACAGUACAUACAUUUGAAAGAUUUAACAGGGAUAACACAAAAUCAAUUAUUUAUUUCCAUUGUGGUCCCUUAAAGUGCAUGGUGCAAUACAUUACAUAGAUACAGACAUGAAAAUGGUUAUACGGUUCGGUCACCAGACAGCUUUUGACAUACUUAAAAAAUAUACGUUUUGGUCGGCAUAGCUUUAAGUUGUUGUGGUAGUUUGUUCCACUUAACAGCACCGGUAUAUAGAAAGGUGUUCUUACCGGAAAGGCUCUUAAAUUCCAAAAGUCAAUAGCAGAGUCUCUGGCAAUGAAUAGGACCAAGAGUUGCUACUGGUCUGGUCACUUGUUCAGGACAUAUUCUAAGUAUUUAUACACAUUUUCUUAAUGUUACUUAACACCUUUGGACAGCCAAGUACUCUAGGUAUGUGGUCCUGUUGUAGUCUGGCAGAUAACGUGAUACAAUAGCUGAGAUGACUACACUCUUAGAAAAAAGGGUUUUUUGGUUCCAGGUAGAACCCUUUUUGGUUCCAGGUGGAACCCUUUUGGGUUCCAGUUAGAACCCUUUCUACAGAAGGUUCUACGUGGAACCCAAAGGGGUUUUACCUGGAACCAAAAAGGGUUAUCCCUAUGGUGACAGCCGAAGAACCCUUUUAGGUUCAGAUAGCACUUUUUUUACUAGAGACCAUUCAUUUACUCUUUUGCUUCUUGUUAUGAAUAGACACCUGGUUAACCCGCUAUGUUGUAAAUUGCUAUCUGUGAUCCUUGGUGCUGUACUGUAUUGCACUGUGUAUACUGUAGCCAUGUGUAUGUACAGUACAACCCUAACCCUGUUCCCCUCAGGUUGUGUAUUUUACAGCUACCUUCCCGUACAUCAUGCUGUGUAUACUGCUCAUCAGAGGGGUCACCCUGCCUGGAGCCUUCAUAGGAAUCAAGUUCUACCUCUACCCAGACUUGGGACGCCUGUCCGACCCACAGGUAUGCACACACAAACACACACACUCACACAUGUUGUACGUACACACGCAUCCCGACCAUCACAUCUGUGGGAAGUGGAAAAACCCCACAGUGUGUGUGGACACAGUGUUUGACACGAUGACCCUAUAG